AUGACCUCAAUCGGUAUGAAUUGGAUACUCUGCUCCUUCAAGACUAAUGAGGCGGUUGAUGAAGUUUUAAACGGUGGACCCUGGUAUGUAAAUGGGUACAUAGUUGGUAUGGAUAGAUGGUCUCCGAUAUUUGAUCCAUAUUCAUUUAAAGGAAUCUCAGCUCCGGUAUGGAUCAGACUACCGUGCCUACCUCUGUAUUAUUGGGAUGAAGACAGUUUUGCGAGAAUUACUUCUCGGAUUGGCACACCGCUAUAUUUAGAUGGAAAUACUUUCCGUUGGGGAAAGAGAGAGUUUGCUCGCAUCUGUGUCAAGAUUGAUUUGGAAAAAAAGCUCCCAAAUGGUGUCUGGAUUGAUGGUCUUGCUGGAAGAUUCUUCCAAAGAGUCGAAUAUGAGAAGUUGAAUUUACUAUGCUAUCAUUGUGGUCGAGCGAGACAUGAAUUAAAUGCAUGUCCUGAGAAGGUUGUGCUGGGUAUUAAGAAUCAAGCUAUGGGUAACUCUGAAGAAAGCAUUGGUGAAGAAAGUAAAACAGAAGGAGGAAUUAAAAAUGCAGUGACUAAUGAGGAGUAUGGUCCCUGGAUUCAUGUCCAGUUUAAAAAUAGAUGGGUUUAUAAAAAUCUGGAUGGAAACAGAACUGACAAUGCUAUCAAGAAUAAAGGGAAAGAUAAUCUGGGGAAGAACAUUCAGAUAAAAGGUUUGCAAGUGCAGAAUAUACAGAUGAAUGAAAUCUCUACUAGAGAAGCCAAUGCAGACAAAGAAGGAAAUGCAAACAAAGAAGUCGAAUCAGGAAACUAUAAAGAAGGAAUAAUUCUGAAUAAUGCUUUUGAGGUUCUUAAUGAAGAUAAUGAAAUUGAAGGUCAAGACUUACAGGAUGAUGCUAUAAAUUUGCUGAUUAAGAGGAAGGAAGGAAUGAAAGAUAAUGCUGUGAAUGAAUGUAAAUCCAACUUGGCAUGUUCUGCUAAAAUAAAGUUGGCCAAGGAGCUUAGAUCAUUGGGCCCGGUUGAUCAAUAA